AUGCCAGAGAAACUGCCCCGGGGAGGGCAACAGCUGGGAGACCAGAUGCGUCACUCACAGGUAGUGUUGGGUCACCCACAGGUAAGUGUUGGGUCACUCACAGGUAAGUGUUGGGUCACCCACAGGUGGGCUCAGUAUAGUGAAAUCAAAGGCUACUGGUACGCACAUCAAAAGUAUGGCAGGCUGCCGUGGUCAGAUUUGUUUGAACCAGCCAUCAAGAUGGCCGCUGAGGGAUUUCCUGUAACGCCUUCUUUGGGCACGGUUCUCCGUGAUCGGAACCAGACGAUAGCUGUAGAGCCAUCUUUAAGCGAGAUCUUCACGAACAAGAAAACUGGAAAGGUUUUUAAAGAAGGGGAGAUAAUGACGAGACCAAAGCUGGCUAAUACACUUCGAGUUAUCUCCCGUGAAGGGAUGACGGCUUUUUAUAAUGGAUCUUUGACGGAUGACAUUCUACAAGAUUUACAGGACAUAGGUUCCAUCAUAAGCCGAGAAGAUUUGAUGAAUUACCAGCCAUUGGAGAAGAAACCAGUGGAGAUAACUCUAAGCGGUAGUGUUAGAGUCUUUUCCCCUGGUGUCCCGAGUGGUGGGCCGAUGAUGGCUCUUAUUCUCAAUAACAUUCUCGCAGGUCUCCGACGGUUUGCCCACAACUUGACCGAGUCGUCCAGCGUUGCCGUUGUCCAGGACAUCAGCGUGGUGGACGGCGCCAUCUUGGCUUUGGCGAAUUACGUGGCUUUUGUGGCCGCGCAGCGCCAUAUUGCUCCAAGGGCGAUCUACGUCAUCGGCGAUCAACAUCCGGUUGGGGAAUUCUGGGAGUUGAUAGUGCGGGAUGUCCCUAACGUCAGGUUUGUUUACAGGGAGGCGCCGCUAGAGAUAUCAGGUUCUAGAAUCACAAUAAAACAGCACCACUCGGACAUUGUCCGGCUCCAGACCAUCUACAUGAACGGUGGGAUUUAUCUGGACACGGACAUGGUGGUUUUAAGGAGCUUAGAUGACCUGCUUGAUAACGACCUCACGAUGGGGAUGAUUGACCUUGAAACCGGGUUUGGCAACGCUUUUAUACUGGCUAAAAGACACAACCCGUUCAUUAAAGAGUGGUACGAAAAGUAUGGGAACUACAAUCAGAAACAUUGGGGAUAUAACUCGAUGCAGGUACCCCGCGACAUGUACUUGACUGACCCCAGCCGUGUGGUCAACGUGAGGGAGCAGGUGUACCAGCCCAACUGGAACCAGAUCAACUUGCUGGUCAACGCCAGCCACGUCUACGACUGGAGCCACAACUACGCCAUCCACCUGUGGAAGUACAGCGGCCAAAUACCGCUUAGGACGGACGCCAUUCUGGUGAACAACUCAACUGUUGGCCAGAUUUUUAGAUAUAUUCUCUACGGGGAUCCGAAAGUGAGGAAAAAACCUGAUGUCUAA